CGCCAUCAUAAGGUGGCAGUCCGUGCUGGAACAAGUGCAGGCCUUCCUGAACUACAGUACAGCAUUGAGUCCAAAAGGUUCAAGCAUAACAUAUCUUGGUAGUGUAUAUACAUCUUUUCCAGCUCGUCACCGGUGUACUUGUUUCCACUCGAUGUUUGAAGAACGAGGAUGCAUCCGUGUAGAAAAACAGCGCCAACCGGAGUGCGAUCCCGGUCCAAACUGGAAUGCGAACAACGGGGUCCUCGUCUUCAUGAUUACUGAUAUCGGGAGAAUCCUUCUCAAAGCUUGUUGACGAUGGUUUCGACAUUUGGCGAUCUCGAAAGACUCGAAAACGGAAACAAGUGCGAGGUGCUUACCCAUCCUGCUCGUGUGACUCACACCUCCAGAUCAACCAACUUUGCUCAGUUCCGUUUGUUUUUGACUGAAAACAUUACAGAUGCUGCCAUCACCUACUACAUUUGCUAGGGUUUUACCCUACCGAACGCUUGCAAUUGCGACGAUAGCUGAAGCAUUUUCAGUCUCCAGAAAAUCAGCAUUCUCAACUACCACAUCCGGCAUCAGCGAACCUGAACUUUGCUUCGACAAUGUCAUAAUUGGGGCAGGAGUGGUAGGCUUGGCCAUUGCCGAAAGACUGAGCCGGCAGCCCAAAACGACAACUCUUGUGCUCGAACGACAUGCGUCAUUUGGAAUGGAAACAUCCUCCCGCAACUCUGAGGUUAUACAUGCUGGCAUUUACUAUCCUGUCGACUCGCUGAAGACCCGGCUUUGCACCCGCGGAAACCGUUUGCUCUAUUCUUUUUGCUCCCAACACUCUAUUCGCCAUGCACGAAUAGGGAAAUGGGUCAUUGGAUCCGAACCAGAUCAGUUCUUGUAUCUGAAAAAUAUGAAAGACCGCGCAGAGAAACUCGGUGUUCCAAUGCAUUUUCUGUCAAUGAAGGAGGCAGCACACCAAGAGCCGAACGUCAUUGCAAAGGAAGUCCUAGUCAGUCCUACUACAGGAAUAAUAGAUUCACAUGCUCUGAUGGAAUGCCUAGAGGCCAAGAUCCAGUCUCGUGGCGCUGAUGUUGUCUAUCAUACUUCUGUCAUUUCGAUAUCCGCCACUUCUUCGGGGUAUCGCAUCCGUACCUCUGACACACCCCCCACGAUCAUCCACGCACGCAACGUCAUCAACAGUGCUGGACUUUACGCAGAUGCUGUAGCCGCCAUGAUCGCACCAACAUCGCCAUAUCGCAUUUACCCAUGCAAAGGCGUUUACUACACGUUCGCCGGACGCUGUCCGCCAGUAAAGCGUUUAAUAUAUCCCACUCCUGAGAAAAACCUUCAGGGGCUGGGUGUACAUUCCACUGUUGACCUUGCUGGCAGAGUCAAAUUCGGUCCCAAUGCUUUUUACGUGAAUUCAAAAGAGGAUGUUGGUGUACAGGAGGAUGAAGCCAUGAGCCAGCAGUUUGCCGAAGCGGUUAGUAAAUAUUUAAGAAGAGUGAAGAAAGAGGAUUUACGGGUCGAUUAUGCGGGAAUAAGACCAAAACUUUCGGGACCUGGUGACCCUUUCCAUGACUUUGUCAUUGAAUCAUCGAAGGAACACCCUGGGUUCAUUAACUUGCUCGGUAUAGAGUCUCCAGGGUUAACCUCCUCCUUGGCAAUAGCGGAACAUGUAGAAAAAAUGUUGGGAUACGAUAGAGUGGAUGAUGGAUGGGACAAUAUCUAGAAUGCCGGAGAGUUUGAUCGCAGCUACCGCCAGAUGCCGCAAUUAAUAUCUUGCGAGUGGUGAGGCAGGCGCUGCGGACUGUAUCGGCUGGAUCGCAAGUGCUGCCACAUUGCAUCAAUGUUACCCAACUGCACUGUUGAUAGGCUUAGGAUUAUCAAGACCAUUUUAAGAGGUAGACUCUACAUAGCUAGCUACAAAAUACAUGCUCCACAUGGCUUCAGUGCAUGCCAGUAUAUAUACACA